AUGGGGGGAGGUUCCGGGGACAGAAUGCUAUGGUCUUUUCAUCUAGAAUCACCAUGGCAACAGGAGCAUCACAGAGGGCCUGCCACUGUGCCCUUCCAGGCCUGCCCCAGCUGGGCAGGAAGCAGAGGACCCAGCUUGGCUGGGGGGCAGUGGGCAGGAGGCCCUGGGGUGGCCCAACCAGCCCUGGAUGCUGCCUCCCGGCUCUGUGCAGGCUACUUGCCGGCCCAAACCCCUCUCUUGGGCCAAUCACAGAAAGAACAGGGCAGAAGCCAAGAGAGAAAAAGGAGGGGGGCUGGGCAUAUCUGGUCAGAGGAGGGGAGGGACCCUACCAGCCUGGGGCCUGUAAGUAAUACAGAUAACAACAUCUCUACACUGGGGCCAGCAGCCCCGAUCCCUGAAGGGCUGGGUAGACUCAACAUCCCAAGAGACGAACACAUGAGCUCCGGCUCCUGUAGAAAGACAACGGGGACGGGGAGAGGCUGGGACACGCUGGGACACGCCGGGCCCAGCUUCACCAAGCCCAGUCCUGCCGAUGACAAUGGAAUAGCAUCGAAUGGUCUGGAGCCAGCCCAGCCGGAUACGAAAGGCAAGAGGAUCCACCACAGCCUCGCGGAGAACACUGGGAUCUCCGAGCGGCCCUGUCCCCAUGGACUCUGCCCCACUGAGGCCAGCCAGGUAGGUGUCAAGGCCCAGAGAGAAGCGAAGUACCUCGUCCGAGCCUCCACUCACACCCGAGUCUCCAGGCCGUUGCAGACUGCCUCCUGGCCCUCGGUUACUGACCCCGGGUUGGUCGGCAGGUCAGGCUGCCUGGCAGCGGUGUCCUGGAGGGGACUCCUCUGCUCUGUGGGCGGCUGGACCAGGCGGCCAGAUCAGGUGGGAAUCUGUGUGCCAGUUUCCAGGGCAGUCUUCUCCAGGAGGGGGCCAGGUUACUGUCUUCAAGAGGCUGCCACAGAGCUGGCGAGCGGGGGAUGGCCAAACCAGCCCCACCCAGACGAGGGCCACCCGCCGCCCCUUGAGGCUGUCCCCGUCCCCUGGAAGAGCGUGGGCCCCUGCAAAAGCCACAGAACGGAGUCCCCAAGAGGCCUGGCGGAGACCCCUGGAGGGGAGGAGGCCCAAGGUGAGGAGGGCCCUGUGGCCGCCCCGCUGGACGUGCUCCGCCUGCGAAGCUCUUCCAUGGAGAUCCGCGAGAAGGGCUCAGAGUUCCUGAAGGAGGAGCUUCACAAAGCCCAGAAGGAGCUGAAGCUGAAGGACGAGGAGUGUGAGCGGCUGUCCAGGGUGCGGGAGCAGCUGGAACGGGAGCUGGAGGAGCUGACAGCCAGCCUGUUUGAGGAAGCCCACAAGAUGGUGCGAGCAGCCAACAUGAAGCAGGCAGCGUCGGAAAAGCAGCUGAAGGAGGCACGGGGCAAGAUCGACAUGCUGCAGGCGGAGGUGACAGCCUUGAAGACACUGGUCCUCACGUCCACACCGGCCUCUCCCAACCGCGAGCUCCACCCACAGCUGCUGAGCCCCACCAAGGCCGGGCCCCGCAAGGGCCACUUGCGCCAUAAGAGCACUAGCAGCACCCUCUGCCCCGCCGUGUGCCCCGCUGCCGGACAUACCCUCACCCCGGACAAGGAGGGCAAAGAGCCCGGGCUGGCCCCCCUCCUCUCCCUGCUCCUCUGCGUGGUCCCCAGCAAGGCUGUUCACCUCACCUACGAGCCGGCUUGGCAGCUCCUACCUGGGGAGCCGCCCACGGCCCCCACCUCCACCUCCGCUACCUCUCUCUCCUUUUCCCGACAGGUGGACACGACCCUGUUCGCAGAGUUCCAGGCCUGGAGGGAAUCCCCCACCCUGGACAAGACCUGCCCCUUCCUUGAAAGGGUGUACCGGGAGGACGUGGGCCCCUGCCUGGACUUCACCAUGCAGGAGCUCUCGGCGCUGGUACGGGCCGCCGUGGAGGACAACACGCUCACCAUCGAACCCGUGGCUUCGCAGACGCCGCCCACCGCGAAGGUGGCCGCGGUGGAGUGUGGCAGCACCAAUACCUGUGCCCUGAGCGGGCUGGCUCGUGCCUGUCGCCACCGAAUCCGGCUUGGGGACUCAGAGAAUCACUACUACAUCUCACCGUCCUCCCGGGCCAGGAUCACCGCAGUGUGCAACUUCCUCACCUACAUCCGCUACAUCCAGCAAGGCCUGGUGCGGCAGGAAGCGGAGCCGAUGUUCUGGGAGAUCACGAGGCUGCGGAAGGAGAUGUCGCUGGCCAAGCUCGGCUUCUUUCCCCAGGAGGCCUAGGGCAUGGCCGGAGCCUGGAGGGGGGCUCUGAGCCACAGCCAACACCUGCCCCGGCACAGACAGACAGGAAGACAGGGUCCUGGCGCCAGCCCUGAGCCAGAAGCCGAGCAGAUGGACAGAUGGCCAGGCCAUGGAGGCCUUGCUGAGCCGGUACCAAAUCUUCAUCCCGGGAAGGACAGGACCUCAUGAGCUGACCCUUCGCCCUUCCCCAGUGGCCCUACAGCCACCAGGAGACUUUCAAGAAAGCACCAAAGACCAAGGAGCUUGGACCCGCACUCAGGGGCUCAGCACCCCCUUUGCAGUCCUGGGAGCUGCUGCUUGCAGUCACCUUGUUGCUGUGAUGUCCUCAGAAAGGGCUCACACUGGGUGGCCUGACCUCCAGGGUAUCUCCCACCUCAGUUCCCAAGCCCUGGGCCACCAGCACCCCCGUGUGGCCAUCCCUCCCCCAUUCCCGUGGGGGCAGUGCAGCCACAAGGGGCUGUCAAGGACUUGCACACCAUCUGCUUGAGAACUACCCCAAGCUGUUCUUAAGAUGGAUCAGGGCCCCUCCUCCCACCCUCGCACUUGACCUUCCCCCCCUCCUCCAUCUGAGCCUUGUGCUCCUGGAGGCCCUGCCCCCACCACUGGAAGGAUUAGGAUACUUUGCUCCCGAAGUAAAAUACAGACAGGGCCUCAGAACACCGUGUCUGUGUUCAGCUGUGGGUGGCCGUUCAGACAGUGGGGGCUGAGGUCGCCAAGCCCUGUACACAGGACCGGGGGAGGGUGGGCAGGACGCAGGCCCCUCCUCGCCCCUCACAGCCCACUCAGGACCGGGGUCCAACCUGGACACAUCCCUCACCGUGGCCGAUUUCCUCCUUUGAAUGGAAUGUAACACGAUCUCUAUUUAAUAAAGGAAGGCUUUGUUGGUA